AAUAAAACUGUCUUUGAAAGUGAAGAAAAUCUGCGACAAUUCGAUUCGAACUGGAGGAAGUACAUAUUCCCGGAGACCCGUAUUCCAGACGACAGCAAGGAGGUCCCCGAAGCCAUGGAUGACCUUAAAGAAUUCUUCCUGGACGGAAAACCGUUGACUUUCGACAACUUUGAAGGAUUCCAAGAUAUGCUUUCAGAUCUGCAGACUGCAUUCAGUCUGUAUUAUGGACUUGAAUAUAUGCCAAAAGCGAAAAAAGGAAACAUAUAUGUGUAUAGUUUUAUAGCAGAUCAAGAUCUUAAUUUUCUCAAAAAGCAUUUCGACAUGAACUAUCCAGGUGCGUCACAUGCCGAUGAACUGGGAUACCUCUUCCACGUGUCCUUCCUGCCCAACGUGUCUUCGGACAACCCGGCAUACCUCACGCGCCAGCGGAUGGUGCGCCUG